AUGGCUCCGGACAACACUAUAACCUUUGCGGGGAACAAUAAUCAGGGUUUCCAACUAGGAGUUAACCAAGGAACGAUUGGGGACAUCGUCUACAACUUCAAGGAGGCAAAUGACAAAUGCUUAAACGACCUGCGCCUGACCGACCCCCGCGACGAUAAGGAGCGGAUUAAGCGCACCAAAGGCGGUCUAUUAGAGGGCUCGUACAAAUGGAUCCUCGACCACUCUGACUUCCAAAAAUGGCGCAAUGACGACCAGAGCCGGCUGCUCUGGAUCAAAGGCGAUCCAGGCAAGGGAAAGUCGAUGCUACUGAUCGGCAUUGUCGACGAACUAGAGCGGCAGCUUGCUCAGCUUAAGCAGACAGAACAGUCGACUUCUCCUCCAACCGCCCUCUCUUACUUCUUCUGCCAGGGCACCGACGCGAAUCUCAACAACGUCACGGCAGUACUAAGAGGCCUAAUCUACCUCCUCGCCGUCCAACAGCCGUCGUUGGCCUCGAAUCUUCGCAAGGAGUAUGAACAGUCUGGCAGCAAGCUCUUCGAGGAUACCAACGCGUUCGUCGCCCUAUCCAAGAUUCUCAUGGGUAUGCUGCGAGAUCCUAGCUUGGCAAAAACGUAUAUCAUAAUCGACGCACUGGAUGAGUGCGAGACUGGCCUGCAGAAGCUUUUGAAGCUCAUCGUUGAGAAUACGUCUGCAUCCCGCGUUAAGUGGAUUGUCUCCAGCCGCAACAAGCACGACAUUGAGCAGCAGCUAAAUCUUGCCGACUAUAAAGUAAAGCUCAGUCUCGAGCUGAACCCCGAGUCCAUCGCUGCUGCUGUUAGUGUUUACAUCUGCUACAAGGUGUCUCAAUUGGCACUGCUGAAGGGGUACGACUCUAGAACGGAAGACACAGUCAAGAAAUACUUACGCGCGAAAGCAGACAACACAUUCCUUUGGGUGGCCUUGGUCUGUGAGAAUCUCGAGAAAAUCAGACCCAAGAAGACACGAUCGGCUCUAAAAGCGUUUCCUCCUGGUCUAGAUCCUCUAUACGGUCGCAUGAUGCAGCAGAUACUUAAUCUGGCGGAUACGGAUGAUGUUUAUCUUUGUAAACGGAUUCUCGCUGUUAUAACACUUGUGUAUCGGCCCGUCACCCUGGCUGAGCUUGCCUCCCUCGUCAAACGUACAAAGGAUACUUCUGACGGUGUCGAGUCUUCUGACGGUGCCGAGUCUUCUGACGGUGCCGAGUCUUCUGACGGUGCCGAGUCUUCUGACGGUGCCGAGUCUUCUGACGGUGCCGAGUCGCUUGAGGAGGUCAUAGGGCUUUGCGGCUCAUUCCUCACUGUGCGAGAUGGCCGAGUCUACAUUAUUCACCAGUCGGCCAACGACUACUUGAGGGGCAAGGGAGCCUUAAUCUCGCCCUCUGAUGAUGCAGAGGCCGGUAACAGAAAGUUCAUGACGUCGCUGGAGGCAAAGAAGAAAAUCUUCCCCUCUGGUCGCGCCAAGGCCCACCACGAUAUAUCCCUACGAUCGCUGCAGGCAAUGAUAAAGACGCUGCAGCGGGACAUCUACAGCUUGCGCCAUCCUGGAUCCUCCAUCGACGAUCUCAACAUGCCAGUUCCAGAUCCGCUGGCAUCCGUACGGUACUCCUGCGUCCACUGGGUUGACCACCUUUGCGAGGGACCGCAACGAAAUGACCUAGGUGAUGGCGGCCUAGUCCAAAAAUUUCUUGAAGGUUACUUCCUUUACUGGGCCGAGGCUUCAAGUCUGUUAGGGGCGCUAUCCGAUACAAUACUCGCCAUGGGAAACCUGGAAAGGCUCCUGAAGACUAUGUCCAGCGAGUCUAGCCUACUCUCCCUGAUAGUAGAUGCGCAUCGGUUUCUUCUCCACAACGGAUUAGUAAUCAAGAACGCUCCGCUUCAAACGUACGUGUCGGCGCUUCUCUUCAGCCCGACUCGCAGUUUAACGCGUGAACUCUUUAAAAAAGAGGAGCCACAAUGGGUUUUAGAGGGACCUGCCGUAGGUAAGCACUGGGGUCCAUUGGUUCGAACGCUCGUAGACCAUCACGAUAGUGUUCACUCGGUCGCAUUCUCGCGUGAUGGGAAGCUUAUAGCGUCAGGAUCGCGCGACAAGACCAUUAAGCUCUGGGAUGCGACGACUGGCGAGGUCAAACAGACGCUCAAGGGCCAUGACUAUGUUUUGUCAGCCGCAUUCUCACCUGAUGGGAAGCUCAUAGCGUCAGGAUCGGAGGACGAGACCAUCAAGCUCUGGGACGCGGCAACGGGCGAAGUCAAUCACACGCUCGAGGGCCAUAGCGAUAUAAUAUCGUCAGUCGCAUUCUCGCCUGAUAGGAAGUUCAUAGCGUCAGGAUCACGCGACAAGACCAUUAAGCUCAGGGAUGCGGCGACAGGCGAGGUCAAACAGACGCUCGAGGGCCAUGACGAUACAGUUUGGUCGAUCGCAUUCUCACCUGAUGGGAAGCUCAUAGCGUCAGGAUCGCGCGACAAGACUAUUAAGCUCUGGGAUGCGGCUACGGGCGAGGUCAAACACACGCUCAAGGGCCAUGAUGAUACAGUUUGGUCGAUCGCAUUCUCGCCUGAUGGGAAGCUUAUAGCGUCAGGAUCGCGCGACAAGACCAUUAAGCUCUGGGAUGUGGCGACAGGCGAGGUCAAACAGACGCUCGAGGGCCAUGACGAUACAGUUCGGUCGAUCGCAUUCUCGCCUGAUGGGAAGCUCAUAGCGUCAGGAUCGCACGACAAGACCAUUAAGCUCUGGGAUGCGGCUACGGGCGAGGUCAAACACACGCUCAAGGGCCAUGAUGAUAUGAUAUUGUCAGUCACAUUCUCGCCUGAUGGGAACUUCAUAGCGUCGGGAUCGGAGGACAGGUCCAUCAAGCUCUGGGACGUGGCAACGGGCGUGGACAAACACACGCUCGAGGGCCAUGACGAUACAGUUUGGUCGAUCGCAUUCUCGCCUGAUGGGAAGCUCAUAGCGUCGGGACCGGGCGGAAAGACCAUUAAGCUCUGGGAUGCGGCUACAGGCGAGGUCAAACACACGCUCAAGGGCCAUGAUGAUAUGAUAUUGUCAGUCACAUUCUCGCCUGAUGGGAAGCUCAUAGCGUCGGGAUCGGAGGACAGGUCCAUCAAGCUCUGGGACGCUGCAAAGGGCGAGGUCAAACACACGCUCGAGGGCCAUAGCGAUAUGAUAUUGUCAGUCGCAUUCUCGCCUGAUGGGAAGCUCAUAGCGUCGGGAUCGGAGGACGAGACCAUCAAGCUCUGGGACGCGGCAACGGGAGAAGUCAAUCACACGCUCGAGGGCCAUAGCGAUAUGAUAUCGUUAGUCGCAUUCUCGCCUGAUGGGAAGUUCAUAGCGUCAGGAUCGCGCGAUAAGACUAUUAAGCUCUGGGAUGUAGCGACGGGCGAGGUCAAACAGACGCUCGAGAGCUAUAACUAUACAGUUUUGUCAGUCACAUUCUCACCUGAUGGGAAGCUCAUAGCGUCAGGAUCGGAGGACGAGACCAUCAAGCUCUGGGAUGUGGCAACGGGCGUGGACAAACACACGCUCGAGGGCCAUGACGAUACAGUUUGGUCGAUCGCAUUCUCGCCUGAUGGGAAGCUUAUAGCGUCAGGAUCGCGCGACAAGACCAUUAAGCUCUGGGAUGCGGCGACAGGCGAGGUCAAACACACACUCAAGGGUAGCAGGGUCUCUUCCGUCUCCUUCGACACUAACGGACUAUACCUGUUCACCAACUUCGGCUGUAUAAAAGUAGAUGCUUGCCUCCAUGUCGACGCUAAAGGUCCAAUCCAGUCUCAGCCUCAAGAAGCUCGACAAUGUGGGUACGGCCUGCAUCCCGACAGAUCCUGGAUUACAUGGAAUGGACACAAGGUGUUAUGGCUACCGAUGGAAUAUCGACCUUCAGAAUAUGAAAGUCCAGCCAUCUACCAGUCCGUACUCAUGCCGACCGUGGCGAGAAUUGCCAUCAGCAGCAUCUACUCGGGAAGAUUUAUUGUCAUUAGCUUCUCGAAACCGCCACCUGGCCUUCCCUCAUCCUAGUACUAAUAAAUGCCAAGCUUACCUUCGCAAGGUUGUGUUGCUUCAUUGCUCUUUUUCCUUGUCUGCUUUAGGCUGUAGGAGCGUAAGAAUCCGCGAUAAUUUAUGGGCUUUGUCGCUACUGUACGUGCAGGUUGGGAUUCUCUCAUUAUGAUACAACCGAUCCAUCUUAGUGAGAUUUUAACUUGUGCGUGCACAAUAGGGUUGCUCAAUUCUGGUUGUUACUCAAUGCACAGACGUACUCUUAACUUCC